GCAGCUUUCCCAAAAUGUAUGGAAUAUCUCAACUGAUGUCAACACCAGUAGCAAGUUCCUCUAAGUCUGGGUCUGAAAGAGAAUAUCUUAGAGAGCUGUCACCCACAUGCCUUUUCCCAAGUUUUGUAUGUGAUUUUAUGGACAGUAACAGCUCCUAUGAAUGCUGCUUCAUAGAUGCCCAGACAGGUUCCUACUUAAGCUGUCGUCGAAGUCCUAGGCUCCUCACCAACGGUUACUACAUUUGGACAGAAGACAGUUUUUUAUGCGAUGAAAGUGGCAACAUAACUCUGAACCCCUCCCAGACCAGUGUUCUCUACAAGGAAAACUCAGUUAGGGUAUUUAGAAAGAAAAAGAGACUCCGCCGAUCUCUUUCUUCUCUUUUCAACCUUAAAGCCUCUAAAUCCUGGCUUCAUGACAAUAUGUUUGAUGAUGCUGAGCCUUUGCCAAGUGAUGGCAUCUGGUUGGAUGGCUUCAGGAGAAUGGACAUGCAUCGCUGCAAUGAAAAUGGGGAUGAUUUUGAGAGUUCAUUGACUGAUGAGUAUGAGUUGGAAAAACUGAAUGCAGAAUGCAUGGAAGUCUCCUCUUCUGGAAACAUAUGGCCUGAAGAUACAAGAAAAAACUUUCAUGAUGCAUCUCACCAGUCCCAGACCAGAGCCUCUGAACAUUUCCAAGGGAAUAUUUUGGAACAUUCAAAAAUCUGUUUGUGGCAAGAGGUCUCCUUUCAGGCUAUUCUGCUUGUUGCAUGCUUAAUCAUUUCUACAUGUGCAAGAUGGUUUUGGGGAGGAAUAUUAGCCGCUAUCUUCACAGGUUCUUUGAUGAUAACUACUAUUUAUGUUGUCAAAUCAUUAUUUCUCAGCCUAGCCAGCUAUUUCAAAGUUGUAUCCUGCAUUCAAUCAUGCCCCAAGUCUGGGCAGAAACUCUAACAUGUCUAUCACCCAACCUUAAGUACAGCUUUCCAGGUAUGCACAGUUUU